CCCCCUCUUCUUACAUCAUCCUCCUCAUCCUAGCUUAAUCCCUUUUUUAACCUUUGUUUUUUUUAUCCUCCUCCUUAUAUUUCUCAUCAUCACUCUCCCCCUCCUCCUCCUCCUCCAAACUUCACCUCCUCUUUUUAUUCCUCUCACGCCCCCACCCUUUUUUUCUUUUUUUAAAAAAAAAAUUAUUUAUUUAAAUUUUCUACUUCCCCAUGGCCCAAUCCAACCCCGUCCCUAAAACCCUAACCCUAACCAUAACCCUAACCCUAAUCCUCUGAAAAAGUAGCUAGAGAGAGCAUGGACGCGAUGGCCCCGAAGGUGUUGGAUCACGACGCGAAGGCGAAGCCCCUGUCGUUCUCCAACGGCGCCCUAAAGAAGCACCACCACCAUCACCACCACCACCUCCACCGGGUGCCACCCACCGCGGCGGCGGCGGCGGCGGCGGCGGUGGCGGCGGCGGGGGAUUUUCUGUACAGGGAGUGUCUGAAGAACCACGCGGCGAGCCUCGGGGGCCACGCGCUCGACGGGUGCGGCGAGUUCAUGCCCUCGCCGGCGGCGAACCCCUCCGACCCCACCUCCCUCAAGUGCGCCGCGUGCGGGUGCCACCGCAACUUCCACCGCCGCAUGCCGGAGCCGAUCAGCCUCCAUCACCCCGACGACGCCCGCGAGGGCGAGGGCGAGGGCGAGGACGAGAUGGACGGCGCCCGCGGCGGCCCCGCCGGAGAUCACCGGCGCCACGCGGUGGACGAAGACGACGAGGACGAGGACGACGAGGACGAGGAGGAGAUCGCCGACGGGCCCCAGCACCAGCAGCACCACGUAAACCCUAGCCGGAGCUCCGCGUCCCCGCCCCCCUACUCCUCCGCGCCGCACAUGCUCCUGGCGCUCAGCUCCGGGGCGUCGGCGGCGCCAGGAUCCGCCGCCGCGCGCCCGAUCCCGCCGCCCCCGGCCGCUCCCGCGCAUGCGCCGCCGGGGGCGGCGGCGGCGGCGGCGCUGCUACCUCGGAAGAGGUUCCGCACGAAGUUCAGCCCCGAGCAGAAGGAGCGGAUGCAGGGGCUGGCCGAGCGCCUGGGGUGGCGGAUGCAGAAGCGGGACGAGGGGAUCGUGGACGAGUGGUGCCGCGAGAUCGGGGUGGGGAAGGGGGUCUUCAAGGUCUGGAUGCACAACAACAAGCACACCUUCUUGGGGACGGGGAGGCGAGGCGACGCCGCCGCGAGAGGCGCCGGCGGCGGCGAUGGCGGCGGCGGGAUGGAGGGGAGCAUAAGCGGCGGUAAUGGUGGGGACAUUAAUCAUGUGGUGAAUGGGUCGUCUUCUUCCUCUUGAGACGGUGAAGAAGAAGAAGAAGAAGAAGAAGAAGAAGAUGCUGGUGAUGGUAAUUAAUAUCGUUCUUGUUGGAUCUUCUCUGUUGCUCAUACAUGUUGUUGUUUAAUUAGCUAAGCUAAUUCGGUGCCCUUUAGAACCCAUCUCUUCAUCUCCCUUCACUCUCGCUUUUGUUAUUCUUACUCUCUUGGGUCUGCUUCGAUUUGGGAAUUAGAAUCAAUUAAUAAGGAGAAAACUGAGGAUUAACGCUACUUCUUUUUUUCUUUCUUUCUUUCUUUCUCUUGCUUCUGUUUCUAACUUCUGAAACUUACUAAUAGCUACGAGAAAAUUUAUAGUUAA